AUGUCGUCCGUCUCAAGUCGCUUCUCAUCUGUCGCAUCGCUAUCCACCAAUACACACCAUCCACCAAAGCCGACUUACAAUUCUCCAAAGCUCGUGAAGGAGCCCGUUCGAGCCUCUUCGCCUUCGCAAGACUACUCCAGGGUGGUGCACCCCUUUGCUUCGUCCAGCUUCGCCUCCUCUAGGCGCGCUCCAGCUCCACCUCAACAAUAUGUGUCCACUCCAGACCACUUGCCUCAAGACCACGAACAGACUCGAACUCGAUGCAUUUCGGAGUUUGACAGUAUGCAGAACAGCUUUCCUCGCGCAGCUUCAACUCAUAUUCAAAAUUCAGUGGAGCCCAGUGACUUGGCUUAUGCUCAUCAGCGCCAAAGAAGCAACACUCUUGGAUCCCAGAUGCCCAUUUCUCCUGAUUUCGGUCCUUCUGAUGACCUUCUGCGAUCGCAACCCCAGUUCAAAAGCCAAUUCGACGAUUCUGACGACGAGGAAAGGCUUGAAGCAGCCAAUCUCUCCUUCUCGAGCGUAUCGACGCGAGCUCGUCUUGCUGCCAUCGGUACCGCCACCCGUCUAUUCAAGCAGCGACGUCACAGCAGAACUCCAUCCAACAGCAUCAACAUGAAGUCUUCCGAACAGCAUGUCAGUGACUUUAUCCAAGCCGGUAAGCGAACGAGUGAGCAACAAAAUGCUGCUUCAGGCCAUCUCUCCGCCAGCGACAGCUUGAGUCCUCUCCCUCGUCGAGCCGUAUUUGGCCACCGUCCAUCGCCCUCGGACCUCUGCCUGCAUUCAAGCGUGGGCAAGUAUCGAGCGGCUGAGGAAGCUGAUCGGGACCUGAUUCUGGGUCUUCAGGGAGGCGCCUCUCGACGUCGCAGCAAGCAAUCAGAUAAGAAAAAGACGACCUUGAAGCAGUCUGAGCAGCGCCCACACACUUCACAUGCUGGCCAUAAUUCCGUCAACGUGACGACAUCUCGUAUCGAUUCAAGACAUCAUUUCAACGAUCCACCCCCGUAUUGCGCUCCUGCCGACGCUGUCUCGAUCAAGGGCGAGGUUCUGCGCAAGUCGCAAUCCCUGUCUACCCUUCGCUUCGAUAUGAGCCGCAGACCUAGCAACACUUCCGUUUCUCCGAAGUCGACCUGUCAGCCAGUGCCCGAGCACCCCAUCACUACAGACCAACAUGCAGUUCAGACUGCCUGGGAAGCCAUGUACAGCCCCCCACCAAGCACUGUCAGUGAUCAUGCCAGUACCUCGAGCUACGGCCGCAUCACGCGCUCGCAUGGUAUUGCCGAGUCUCCUCCACGCAAGGCUUUCAUCAAGGCUCAUUGCUUGCCACCGCAGAAGCCUCCGCCGAAAUCGGACCUUCCGCCGCCACCGCCUCUGAAGGACUCGGAUUCCGAGACAUCUGUUCAGCCAUCGGAUGCUGACAGGUCUUCCGUAGAGGCAAGUCCUUCUUCGCCCAGCUCAGCCAGCGACUCGAGCUGCGAGGCCCGUCGAAACUCAGCCGUCUUGACAAAUGUGUACAGCAAAUCAGGAUCAGCGUCACGUCCGCAAACUUCAGAACCGGAUGUAACGCUGCGUCGAGCAUUACCGCCUCAGCAUCAAUCGCAAGUGGUGCUCGACAUCGGGGGUACCACAUUAGUCACCCUCGUCUCAACUCUUCAGGGCGCUCACGGCGACGAGCCACGCCUUCUCGAGCUUCUACAAUCUUCGAACACCGAUCCGAACGAGCUCGACACAGAAUUGUCUCUUUGCAAAAAUACACAGCUGACUCGGCGCAAGCGUGUCGACACGUCGACGAGAAAAGCCCUUCACGAGAGAUCGGACUCGGAUCAGAGUGCGCCGAUCAUCGAAAAUUCCGACUCACAUCCCGACGUCGUCGCGACGAAGGUGUCAGCCAUGGAUGCGAAUGGAACGACGUCGCGCACAUCGCCGUCCACCUCGACUUCUUGUCCCACCGAUUCGGACGUAUCGACGAGUCGCACCAGUGAACUUUCUGCUGCCUCAAGCCGGUCUGAACACAAUAGCGUCGUUAUCCAGGGCCACGAGCAAGCACUGCGUCUCAACACAGCACCUUCCCGCGCUCCCACACCAUCGACGAAAUCCCACACGACGCCUCCGCCUCCUCUACACGUCUUCCUCGACCGGAACGGCGACCUCUACCGCGACAUCCUCGACAUCCUUCGCAGCCACAAGCUACCCUAUCGUCUACAGGCGUCUUCCGUCUCCUCGAUUCGAUCAGACGCACUUGAGUUGCAACUGCGUUGUCGACUUCACGAGGUGAUGGACGAAGCGGAUUGGCUGGGCUAUCGUUCGAUCGUUGAACUGUGUAAGCUUGAGAUCGGGCUUUUGUAG